AUGAAUUCAGAGACCCAGGUUCUCGUCAAGGAGGAGGUAGAGAAAAUGCAUAAGUCAGGCAUUAUCAGGGUCGCCAAGUACAAUCAGUGGCUAUCUAAUAUAGUGUCUGUCCGGAAAAAGAACGGCAAGAUGAGAGUCUGCGUAGAUUACAGAGACUUGAAUCUUGCUACAUCUAAAGAUGUUUACCCCAUGCCGGUCGCGGAUAUGUUGAUUCCGGUCGCUGAAGAAGACAGGCACAAGACAGCAUUCUGGUGCCCCGGAUUCGCGGGGGUGUUUGAGUAUAUGGUCAUGCCAUUUGGCCUAAAGAACGCUGGUACGACGUAUCAGAUAGCCAUGAACUUGAUCUUCCACGACAUACUGGGAAAAAUUUUAGAGGUGUACAUCGAUGACGCAGGAGAUUUCCUAGGGUUCAUAGUCCAUCAGCUAGGAAUUGAGGUCCCUGAAGACAAGGCGAGCGCAGUUAUCAACACAUCUCCCCCGCAAACGAAGAAAGAAUUACAGCGUUUGUUGGGUAAAAUCCAACCUUUCACGCCGUUGCUGAGGUUACAAGGGCAGAAUGAGUUUGUGUGGGAGCCUAAACAUCAAGAGGCUUUCGACAGUAUCAAGGCCUACCUGGCAAGCCCGCCAGUGCUGGUUCUGUCCAGAGCUGGGAUCCCACUAAAGUUAUACAUUUCAGCAGCUGAGGCUUGCAUUGGCAAGCUGCUCGCUCAAUAUGAUGAGGGAGGUAUUGAGCAUGCUAUAUUUUACCUUAGCCGGACGUUGACAGAUUAUGAGACAAGAAAACUAUCAAGGGGCAGGCCAUCGCGGAUUUUCUUGCGCAUCAUCCCGGCCACGUUAGAGAUACCCACGCUGAAGAAGUUAGAGAUCGCAUCCGCCACUAUGAUCCGACUAGAUUUGGAGUGCAUCCUAGAGUACGCAGUUUGGUACCAAGCCACAGUCUCCUUGCAGCCCUGGGUAUUGUUCUUUGAUGGAUCAAGAACCGACACAUUGGCCGGAGCAGGGAUUGUUCUGGAAAACCCAACCGGCGACCGUUUCUCUUACUCUUUCCAACUAGAGUUCAAAUGCACAAACAACCAGGCCGAGUACGAGGCUCUUAUUAUUGGACUCGAAGUCUUAUUGGAAAUGGGCGUGAGGGACGUUCAGAUUCGCGGCGAUUCUCAGCUCGUUAUAAACCAGCUCCAGGAAAAAUAUCGCUGCUUAAGUUGGUUGCUUAUACCAUAUCUGAAUCGCGCUAUUGAGCUUCUGGACCAAUUUGAUGACGUCGGUUUGGAGUAUAUCCCCCGCGAGCGCAAUUUUGCAGCUAACGAGCUCGCUCAACUGGCCACAGGCGUUACGUUGAAAUAUGAAGUUCGCGAGCGUAUUCUGAAAGUUGAGCGUCGCACAUUACCUUCCUGGCUCGAUAGACCUGAUCCACCAGAUGAUCCAGUGAUCGCGGUGCUAGAACCUAUCGAUGUGGAUUGGCGAAUCCCGUUGGUUGAAUACCUCAAGCAACCAGACGCCACCGCUGACAAGAAGAUUUGUUUUCUCGCUCUCAACUACUUCCUGAGAGGUGAUGAGUUGCGACGACAUGGGGAAGAUGGUAUAGACUUUCGGUGUGUCUAUGGCCGUGAAGCAAAACGAUUAAUGCGUGAGAUACACACAGGGAUAUGUGGAGCCCAUCAAGCGGUACCUAAGAUGCGAUGGCUUUUGAGGCGCCAUGGUUAUUAUUGGCCCAGUAUUUUAAAGGAUUGUAUUGCAUUCGCCAAAGGCUGUGAAGAUUGUCAAGCGCACCGUCCAGUCCAGCAUGUUCCUACCAUUCCUAUGCAGCCUAUUAUCAAGCCUUGGCCUGCGUGA